AUGCCCGAAGCCGUUGGCGACUCGUCGUUCGUCGGUAAGAAACGGCAGCGGAUGGAUAAACCUGGCGGCCCGGGCGCCCCCGGCGCGCCGCCAAUGAAGGCCGCGUCAGGCGCGCCCCGGUCGCGCGUGGAGGGGCGGCGGUGCGAGGUGUGCGCGGUGAUUAAAAAGGCCGGGUGCGGCACGGAAAACGCGCACUUUAGGUGCCUGAAGCGGAAGCUUCCGGAAGGCGCGCAGGAGCUGGAGCGGAGAGUGGGAGAGCUGGUGGAUGUGGGGAAGGAGGAGCGGGUGACGGUGUGGAAUCCCAAGGAGGGGAGGAAGCUGAGCGGACAGGCGGCUCCUAUGCUGAAGAACCUGGUCGGGUGGCUGGCGAGUCAUCCUGGUUGGGAGGCCCAUCCGCGAGGAUCCAGCCCUGUUGCAAGGAAGGUGACAAACAACGGAUCAUCCGCCACUCCCGCGCAAGCCCCAGCAGGUCAUCACCUCGCUCCUGCCCCCGCUCCUCCUGCUUCCGUGCCCGUGCACGUGCCCAUGCCUGUGCCUGUUUCCCAACAAGACCCCAUCCCCUAG